GGAGGGGUAAGAGACGUUCUCCCUGUGAAGGGAAAAAUGACAUUGCCCCAAUAAAGAUUUCUCUCUCUUUUCCCCUUUGAGAACCCUUCUUUCUCGGUCUUCAUUCAGGGGCAUUGAGGGAGUUGUUGAGACAAAUAGUUAACGGGAAAGGUUGAUAUUCCGGCGGUUGCGUGUAUGUUCACGCUCAAUCUUGGCCGGAAGUUCAUCGUCGGUGAAUAUGGACAAUUCUACUUCAUCUUCUCCUCCUUCGCCACCUUUGUCUUCUCCUCCUCCUCCAGAGUCUUCUCCUCCUCAGUCUUCGCCUCCUCCUUCAUCUUCUCCUCCUCCUCCUCCUCCUCCUGAUUCUUCACCUCCUCCUCCUUCUUCUUCUCCUCCUCCUUCUUCACCUCCUCCCUCUUCACCUCCUCCUUCUUCACCACCGCCCCCAUCUCCUGAAGCGCCACCGUCGAAAUCUGACAAUUCUCCUCCUCCUCCAUCCCCCGAAUCACCACCACCGAAAUCUGAUUCUCCUCCUCCUGCAUCACCACCACCUCCUAUAGAAUCUCCUCCCCCACCACCCGCGGAGUCUCCUCCACCACCGAAAUCUGAUUCGCCUCCUCCUCCUUCUGAUACACCUACGGAAUCACCACCACCCUCAUCACCCUCACCGCCAACACCCACCACGAACACAACACCCCCUCCUCCCAAAAAUACCUCAACUACUCAACCUAAUUCUCCUCCGUCACCUAUAUUCUCUCCACCACCUCCUGUUUCUCCACAAUCACCUCUACCUCCUCCUGAAAAGUUAACUCCUCCUCCACUUUCUCCACCUUCGCGAGAUGCACCAUCAAAUAAAUCACAUGGUUCCUCAGGAAGCAAUAACUCGCCACCAUCUAAUAAUUCCUCAUCUACCUCAAAUGUGGUAAUAGUAGCUGCAAUAGCUGUGGCAGGUUUAUUGAUUCUUGCACUUGUCAUUGUCUGCCUAUUAUGCAAUAGAAAGAAGAAAAAACAACCUUACUAUGUGGAUCCUGCACGUCCACCUCAUGGUGGUGAUCCUUACUACAAUACCGCAAAUUAUUCAACUAGCCCUCUACCAAAUACUGAGCACAUUGUUAAGCUAGCUCCACCACCAGGUGUAAUGGGAACUCCUCUAGAAGGACCACGCGGGUGGGCCCCGCCGCCACCGCCUCCGGCCGCUAACACGAGCAGUGAAUAUAGCUCAGGUUAUUCAAGCCAUAUACCUGGGGUUCCAAUACCACCAAAAUCACCUAAUCUUGGUGGACUUGCAAAAAUUCAGUUUACUUAUGAGAACUUAGCAACAGCAACAGGUGGAUUUUCACAAGCUAAUUUGUUAGGACAAGGAGGAUUUGGGUUUGUACACAAAGGUAUUUUGACUGAUGGAUGUAUUGUUGCUGUAAAGAGUUUGAAAUCUGGGAGUGGACAAGGUGAAAGAGAAUUUCAAGCUGAGGUUGAGAUUAUUAGCAGAGUUCAUCAUAGGCAUCUUGUUUCUCUUGUUGGAUUUUGUAUUGCUGAUGGACAAAGAAUGUUGGUCUAUGAAUUUGUUCCUAAUGGAACCUUGGAGUUUCAUCUUCAUGGCAAAGGUCGACCUGUUAUGGAUUGGGAAACAAGGCUUAAAAUUGCGUUGGGAUCAGCCAAGGGACUGGCUUACCUCCACGAAGAUUGUCAUCCUCGCAUUAUCCACCGUGACAUCAAGGCUGCAAACAUUCUACUUGAUAACAAUUAUGAAGCUAUGGUGGCAGAUUUUGGAUUGGCUAAACUCACAGAAGACACCAAUACUCAUGUGUCGACCCGUGUUAUGGGAACUUUUGGGUACUUAGCGCCAGAAUAUGCAUCAAGUGGUAAGCUAACAGAAAAGUCGGAUGUGUUUUCGUUUGGAGUCAUGCUAUUGGAACUCAUAACUGGGAGGAGACCUCUGGACACUACCAAUAAACUCAUGGAAGACUGCCUAGUAGACUGGGCUAGACCCUUUCUUACAAAAGCAUUGGAAGAGAAUCAAUACGAUGAACUGGUAGACGCGCGACUAGAAGGAAAAUUUGAUCCCGAUGAGCUGCAUCGGAUGGUAGCUUGUGCUGCUGCUAGCGUUCGCCAUUCUGCUAAAAGACGUCCAAGAAUGAGCCAGAUAGUACGUGCCUUGGAUGGUGAUUCAUCAUUGGAGGACUUGAAUGAAAAACCUGGCAAAAAUACAGCUAACUUUGGCAAUGGGGCGGCAUCUGAUAUUUACGAUACUCGUGCAUACAAUGCUGAUAUGAUGAAGUUUAGGCAAAUGGUAAUGACAAGCCAAGACUUUAACAGCAGUGAAUAUGGAGCUACAAGUGAUUAUGGACUCAAUCCUUCUUCCUCAAGCAGUGAAUUCAGUUCUGAGUAUGGUUAUUCAGGAGGCCACCAAAGCAAACAAAAUGAAAAUAAUUUAUUGAAAAAGAAGGCUCAAGUUAGUGAAAUAUGACUGAUUUAGUUUCAGUUAUAUUGUUCUAAAAGAGUAUGUUAUAUAGAUAAUUCUAUAAGACUCUAAUGUGCAUAUGCACAUAAGUUAAACAUAUGCACGUUAUCCAAAAAAAAAAAAAAAAGACAUAAGUUUUAUUUAUUUUUGACAUUUGUAGGGAAGACUAAUGAAAGAUGAAAUCUAUGUAUCAUAACUUACUAUUUAAAGAAAACGAGGAUUUAAUCAAAUGUCAAAAACUUACUACUA